AGAGGCACAUCCUGUCGUUUUGGAUCAUCAUACGCCACUUUUGUGGUAAACGAACCAGAAGAAUGACACAUUUUGUGCACCGGAACAACCAUGCACAACAACGACAACAAGCAAGACGACACGUGGAGGAUGACUGCUCAGCACGGGACAGGCUCCAUCCUCCCCGGGUGUGACUCUGGUUGCAGCAGUAGCAGCAACAGUAGCCUCUUAAACCCACAGCUUCCUGCUCACAGCACACAAAUGAAAUUGAGGAGAAAUGCGGUGACUGAUGACUAUAAGAUCACCUCGCAGGUACUCGGUCUGGGAAUCAACGGCAAAGUCCUGGAAUGCAUCUGCAAGAAUACUGGGCAAAAGUGCGCUCUCAAGAUUUUGUACGACACAUCUAAAGCCCGCCGAGAAGUGGAGCUGCACGGAAGGGUGUCCGGUGGUCUGCAUGUGGUCCGUAUCCUCAGCAUAUAUGAGAACAUGCACAAGGGGAAGAAAUGUCUCCUCAUUGUCAUGGAGUGCAUGGAGGGAGGGGAGCUGUUUUGUCGCAUUCAGGCCAGGGGGGACCAGGCCUUCACUGAAAGAGAGGCUUCAGAGAUUAUGCGUGACAUCGGCUCAGCCAUCGAGUACAUCCAUCGCAUGGACAUAGCUCAUAGGGAUUUAAAGCCUGAAAACCUGCUCUACUCCUCCAAAGAGACUAACGCAUUACUCAAACUGACUGACUUUGGCUUCGCAAAGGAAACCACUGUGCACAAUUCUCUCCAAACUCCCUGUUACACUCCUUAUUAUGUUGCCCCUGAAGUGCUUGGCCCGGAGAAAUAUGACAAGUCAUGUGACAUGUGGUCUCUAGGCGUCAUCAUGUACAUUCUGCUGUGUGGAUUCCCCCCUUUCUACUCCAACACCGGCCAGGCCAUCUCUCCUGGGAUGAAGCAACGCAUCAAACUGGGACAGUACAGAUUCCCUAACCCGGAGUGGUCAGAUGUUACAGAGGAGGCUAAGCAGCUCAUCAUCCAGCUGCUGAAGACUGACCCUAAUGAAAGGAUGACCAUCGGUCAGUUUAUGAGCCACCCUUGGAUCAGUCAGUCCAAUGUGGUCCCACUCACACCUCUCCAUACCACCCGUGUUCUGACGAAUGAAAAAGAGCUGUGGGACGAUGUCAAGGAGGAAAUGACCAGUGCGUUGGCAACGAUGCGUGUUGACUAUGAACAGGUGAGGAUUAAAGACCUCGCCACAUCCAACAACCCUCUGCUCAACAAAAGACGCAAGAGACCACUGCCUCCAGAAGAUGAAACCCAUUUUGACUAUAAUAAUACAACUACAUAACUACAAUACAGUGUGUUCCCUAAAACAACUGACAUAAUUUUGUACUCUAACAAUUAGUCGUGGCUGAUCAAUAGAUUAGAUUUAUUGAAGACAAAUAAAUAAUAUUUACACAUAGACUUCACUAUCAGUUGAUGUGGCUCGGUGUCGAUCCGUAGGGGGCCUAUUUUCAAAAACUUAAAAUAUUUUCAAAACCAAAACCGCUAGCAGCCUAAAACCAAAUCAGACAACUCCCUUAGACAUAUACAGUGGGGAGAAGAAGUAUUUGAUACACAGUCAAUGGGAAAACCCAUUGGCAGUGUAUCAAAUACUUGUUCUCCCCACUGUAUGUGUCUCCAUGAGCAGUGACAUUAAAAAAAAAAAAAAAAGUUGUUCCCUCAUAAAAGCCUGACUAAUUAUUUUUUACACAUGUAUAACAAAUCUUAAAAUUGCUAUAAAAUUCUCAAACUUUACACUACAUGCAAAAAUAUCACCAAAUACAGAGAUAAUCACCCAUAUUUUCAGGAUCAUUAGCAAUAUAUAUACUGUAUAUAUAGUAUAUAUCAUAUAUAUUAUAUAGUAUAUAUACUGUAUAUAUAUGUUUUUACUCAAAAUACCAGCUUAUUUUUUUAAAUUUAGUGCAAGUUUUCAACAGCUAAUAAAUCACUCACUUUUCACAUCAGAAACGUAAUACUUGAGAAAACCAUGCAGAAUCUAAAUCUAAUCUAAAAUUUACCCAACAAAAGCAAAAUUUGCACUUUUCUAUAUACAAUCACAAUUUAUUUAGGUUGAAUUCCGCUAUUGUAUAGAGAUACAAAAUCCAACGUGGCGGCCGUCAAAAAACAAAGCGCUUUUUAUGUAGAAAAUUCUUAAAAAUAAAUAAAUGCUUAAAUAGUGGAAUUUCUAUGGGUAUGAACGUUAAACAGUCUAGAUUCUGUCACGUCUCUGAAGUCUUGUUAAUGUUUUGUGUUGGUUCAUGUCGGAUGCUUUUAUUUUGGUAGUGGCAUUCCUCCUUAAUUUAACUUUACUUCCUGCUCUUGCCAAUCAGGCUGAUCGUGUCAACCUGUGGCCUUCUGUAUAAAUAAAUAGUCUACGUCUAACCUUCCCCUUUGUUGAUUUGUCUGCUAUCCUGCCACGUCCUAUGCCACACCCUUGUGUAAGCGCUUUUUGACCAGGAUUAAUGUUUUGGAACAAGUGUCUUUUAUUUUUGUGGAAUUGUCUCAGUUGAUUGGUGUCCAGCUGUUGCUGUGAUUUUUCGUUAUCUUCCCUUUUUUUAACCUUACAAACUGGAAAAUAAACACUUUUGUUUGAACACCACUGUUAAACGUUUGGGUCCUUGGUGCAUCCGUGUCAGAUUCUUGGUUAAAAGCAAAAACGGGCAGUUAUCAUUCAUUUUACGUAAAUAUUUCAAGCCAAAGUUACAGUAUUGUUUAAUCCAAUAUGGCGGCCAUCACGGAACAAAGAGCUUUUUAAGUUGGAAAUUCUCUUAAAUCAAGGAUUUUUU